AUGUCUCCCCCAGAUUCGCCGCCCAUGACGCAGCACUGGGAGGGCCGCGCGCCACAGGUCAAGGAGGGGAUGGUUGGCAAGUCGGGCCGUCUCGCCCCCAGAUGGGUUCAUGACAUUCUCAACUCUGAGCUCGACGUCGGCUCAUUCACUAAUAUCCAAUGGGAUCCGAAUGCCCGUUGCAGCCGCAAGGAUGCAUCCCACACACUCGUGCUUGUUGGCAACCAGAGUACCGCCGACGCCGCGAAUCCUGGUGUUCUCUCCUGCGUCUGCACUACAUGCGACUUCCAUUUCCUCAUCAGGAGAGCUUGGGACCCUGACCAACUGGUUCAACUCUGCCAGCCCGCACCCCUCCACUUUCCCCUAGAAGACACAGACUUUUACCUGCAUCAUCUGGUCAAUGUCCGACAGCCAUCUCAGCACCAGGACUACACCUCCGAGUACCACCCUCUGAUCAAAGAGUCUCUCAUUGCCGUAGAGCACUUUGCGUGCUCGGCCCCUCGUUGUACAUUCCAGGUUACAGCCGAGAUAUCGCGUCCUCGUCUGAAGCGGGAAUGGGUCCAGCUCCUGACCGAUCAGCAACGAAUUCUCGACAACUUGGCAAAUGCUCGGAAGGAGUCCCCGGACCGCUUCGCAGACGCCAGAGACGACUGGUGUACUAGCGCGCCCUCCACUCUUAACACAUACCUGCGAGAUUUACUAGACAAACCGAAUCCCCGCAAUAUUUCGCAACGUAACAAGCGGUUCCAUGUCGUGUUCGGAGAAGAAUGUUAUGUUAUUUUCAGGGCGAUUCGGUUUUCGGAGGAGACGCUCGAAAAGGACGAGGUCCCGGAGCCUUACUUUAUCCCACCCAAGUUGGAGCCUGGUACGCCCGGCACACCAACAAAGAUUAGCACUCUUCGGGCGUUCAUCGAGGACAUGCAGGCUGAAACAGAGAGCCUGAUCGUUCGCAGUGGAAGGACAGGUGAAUCACGAGCUGCUGCUGGAAACCGUCUUUCAAAGGAGUUGCAAUGCUUUGACUAUCCACGGAACAAAACCACUUCGACAGCUCUCGAGGCUCAUCGAAUACUCGGCGUGUUGCCAGACUUCGACAGGGCCCUCAUCGUCUACGCCUACAAACGGCAGUCUGUCUUAUGCGAGCAACGUCGAGCAGACUACGUGGCGGCACUUCGCGACAUUGCCCAGGAACAUGCUGACGAUGAGUUUCAAACACAGGCAGUGCAGGAGCUCACGCUGGUGGAGAGGACGCCUAGUGGGAAUAAUGGAGCAGUGGAUGAGCUCCAGCAACAGGCAUACUCGUUCUUCAGCCUGCAGUACACUGCGUCUGAUGACGAGGUUAUUUCUGCAUACAAUAGGAAGAUUGAGCACUCUCCCUCCCAAGCCGAUUUCGCGCGAGAGAUGAUGCAAGUCAUCGGGCGCCAUAGAUCCAGCGACAGGAUUCUCCUCCAGACCACUGGGCCGAUGGACAUUUCCACAGCUUAUCGAAUUCUUGAGACAGAAAAGGAGUGGCCAGAUGAUAGUAUUCGCGCCAUGAGUGAGGUUAAGGUCACUAACAAUGCCGGGAACAAGCCAGUCAUCGACCAGGCGCUGAACGCUUUGGAGGCCAUUGCCAAUGAUAGAAAGAGCGACAUGCUGCACCAGACAGUUCUUAGCUGGAGAAGUGAUGCGGGAAGCUCAGCGAAAAUCAACUCGACCUCUGGGUUGGCCACAGCGUCUGAAGAGACCAAGCCUCGUCUUGACCUGCCUGCUGGGCUUGAAAACAUUGGUAACACAUGCUAUCUCAACAGUAUUUUACAAUACCUGAGAACGGUUGUGCCUCUCAGGACGCUGCUUGCUCAAUACGCAGACUACCAGCUUGGUCAAGAUGAGUCCGAGGUCACGAUGAGACGAAUUGGAGGAAACAAACUCCCGGUCGAGCAGGCUGAAGCGGUAAUUGCAAGAAUAUUCGUCGAAGAACUUAGCAAGCUGUUGGAGGAUCUCGACAAAACCAAAGAAACAGCUAUCCGUCCGUCGCAACGUCUUGCCAACGCAGUGCUCCUACCCACGAUUGAGAUCAAGAAGCAGUCGAACGCGGAGGAGGGUCCGAAGACGCAAGAGGUUAUGGGCGCACAGUUCCCUUUGCCCCCGCCACUCCCGGCACGUCCUGCUCCAGUACCUCCCGCAAAGACCGUGGAACACGUCGGGCCCUUACCAGACGCAAACAUGGUCAACAUCACUGUAGACCCUGUCUCAGGCUCUGCAAGCAGUGUGAGCUCACAGACGCUGGUCAGUCUGGACGCCGACCAAGAUAAGAAUGCCGUACAUGAGGACAACAUGGACGUAAAUUUCAUCUCUGAGCACCCUGUACCUCCAAGCGACUCGGAUGAAAAGGAUGUGCAGAUGGUUGAUGCACCCGCACCUUCGGUCGAGGAAAGAGUUCUCAAAGCCCUCGAAACCCAGAAGCGUUCUUCUGGCACCGACCAGCAAGACGUCGAAGAAGUCAUGGGUAGCAUCAUCAACCGUCUGCAAGCAGCAAUCAAACCCACCGAGACCGACUCCAACGAAAUCCAGUGGGAGCCAAUCAUGAACACGUUCUACGUCGAACUGGCCAACCACACAAAGAUGCCCAAUCAAGAAAAGUUUACCGCAGAGUCCAUCUUGGAACGUGCGAUAACAGCGUACCCUGCGGAGGGAGGACCCAGCACUAUUGAGCAAGGCCUUGAUCGGAACUUCAACGUCCAGCGGGUCGCUACUACCGACGGACAUGACAUCAUGCGAUUCACCUCCAUCAAGAGGCUUCCGCCGAUCUUGCAUGUACUCAUUCAGAGGACGAAAAACGACGGCCGGAAGAAUAUGAACCCUGUCCAAGUAUCCGAAACGCUCUGCUUGGACAAACACAUGGAUGCGGCUGGAGACCCGGAUGCCCUCAAACUCAAGCAAAAAGGAUGGGUCAUCCAGGAGCGUCUCGACCAACUGAGCAACAACGCAAAGACUUCUGCCGAUAACCCAGAGCUUAUGGAUAAGUUCAUCGACGGCUUCGUUCGCGUCGACAAGCCAGAAGACGAAAAGUCGGUCUUGACCGACGAACCUACAACAUCGCUCAGUUUUGCUGGGGAGGAACUCGUAUUCCCAGCCUACGCCUCACCCCCAGACUCAAUGCUUGAGAAAGUUGACGCCCCGGUUGGAGCUUUGGCGGAAGCUCGCCAGAAAAUAAAGAGCAUGCGUGAAGAAGAAAUGAAGGCGCGCUCGACUGAACAUGAUGCACUUUUCCAAACGCGAAAGCAGUUAUAUCGUUUGCAAGCGGUCAUUUGUCACAGCGGACAGCUGAAUGCGGGGCACUACUGGGUAUGGAUUCACGACUUUGAAGACAACAUCUGGCGCAAGUACAACGAUCGUACGGUUACAGAGAACGCUAGCACCGAGAAGGUUCUGGAGCUUCUCAACAGUAACGGCGAUCCAUACUACCUGUGCUACGUCGAUGACAAGAAGCUCGACUUGGUCAAAGUUCCGAAGCGCAACUUGGACGCAGAUGGCGACAUCGAUCUGAUUGAUGUACAUGUCCUGCCCUCGGAGACCGGUCGAACCUAG